AAACACUAAUUCGAACUCGAAGAUUCAAAACAGCUCAGAGCAUUCUAGCAGCCCGAUGCCACGUGAUAACUUCAUGAAAUUCAUGCACUCUUCGAAUAGCUACGAGACAUUCAAAUCUGGCAACAAGAAGUCAGCCCAACUGUAUGAAAUUCUGAAUAAUUUCACUAAAAUUCAAAGGGUCGUUCGAAACUCUUACAAAUACAUUCAAAGUCGUGAGAGAGACAUCAGGAGGAAGUCAGCAGCAGACCCGAUUUUCGAUAUGAAGUAUUCUCUCGUUCUGUUGAAGAAAGACAGCCCAGAGUAUAGACAGCAUUUGAAGAACAUCCGCAAAAUGGGGAGUAUUCUGAAGGAACUCGGGCCAACGGAGUCAAAAACGCAGGCUAAAUGAUAUCCAAUAUUUUGUGAGCUUUAACUGAAGAUAGGAUUAUAUAGCUUUGAACAGCUAUGAGGCAUGCUCAAAUAGGCAAUAAAUUUUAUAAAUUAGCCACUACUGCUAAUUCUCUUACAAGUAGAUCCUUAUCACCACAUGAGAGGUAUAAACACUGAUAUCAUGUCUACGGCAAUGAAGAGUGAAAGGAGAAUAGACCAAAUCGAGAAAUCAUUACAACAAAUCACCUAUAUGCAGAUAUUCCAACAACAACACAAAAAAUUCUAAGUCUUUAAACAUUCCAAAACUAGCCACUUCCACCCCCAAUCAUCCCUUAACCCCCCUUCUGCAGCCUUUGUUCAUCAAUUUCCUUUCUUCUUCCUCCACGGGGCUUGGCAGGCCGCUUAUACAUCUUCUUAGUGUGCUUGGAGUGGAUCAGGAGGGUAACAAUGGGGUUUCUGGAAUGGGAGACAAGAGGUUUGCAAGAAGGAGUUAGGAUUGAAUAAGGAAGGAGGACUUGCUCAGUUAUUCGAUUGCCUACAUUUCAAAAAUCCUCUCGCUCUAUUACUAAAACUAUAGAUAAGAACCAAAGGAACACCAUCUACUAAACAAGCUAUUUAAAACCACUCUAAUAUCUCUUUCGUCUAUUAACUUUCCCCCUCGACUAUGCUCGCACCACCCACAAACGCUCUAUGCAACCACUCUCACCUCUAUUAACCCUCCACUGCUGACUGACGAAUGAGAGCAAGGGGCUGGGAAGAGUGCAGAAAGUGCAGUUUAGGU